AUGUCUGUUUCCCACCAUGAUAAGUCUGUUGUAGCUGCUUUUAAGCUGGUUAAGGCCCCCAUUUACUCGCAUUGUUACUCGAACGAUAAAUCGCUGUUGGCGAUCACUUGCGACACCAAUUGCCUUGUUUAUAGGUUGCAGGGACCCAAUUCGCAGCCCAAAUUGGUCGCUACGUUGGCGGACCAUGAUAAAACCGUUACCGCGGUGGAUAUCUCUGUACAUGGACGUAUUGUGACUUGUUCGCAGGAUAGAAAUGCCUAUGUGUGGGAACCCUUGAGUGAUGGAACCUAUAGAGCCACACUGGUAUUGUUGCGUAUCAAUAGAGCUGCUACUGCGGUGUGUUGGGCACCUAGUGGGUACAAGUUUGCUGUGGGUUCAAGUGCUCGUAUCAUUGCAGUCUGUUACUAUGAGCAGGAGAACAACUGGUGGGUUUCAAAACAUAUUAGAAAGCCGAUCAAGUCUACUGUUAACUGCCUGUCGUGGCAUGAAAAUGGUGUACUAUUGGCAUCCGGAGGAACUGACGGUUAUAUGAGAGUUUUCUCUGGGUUUAUCAAGGGCUUGGACUCGAAAGAUAUAAUGACAGGGUCUCCGUGGGGGGAUAAGUUCCCAUUUGGAAGUCUUGUGAAGGAAUGGUACCAGGGAUCCUAUAUUCAUGACGUUGAAUGGAGAAGCAAUAUUGAAAAGGUGGGCUAUGUGUCUCACGAUGGGUGUUUAAGUGUCGCCGACUCACAGGGCCAAGUGCAAACAGUCGAUGCUCCUGAAGGAUUACCAUACCGCUCGUUGUUAUGGAUCAAUGAUCACGAAAUUCUGUGUGGCGGUUACUCAUGUCACCCUGUAAUGUUCACUGAGGGCACUGGAGCUUGGAAAUUCUCCCAAAGUCUGGAUCAAGUCAACAAAGGUGCUCCAGCCGCUUCUCACUUUGCUGGUGACAAUGAUGAGGAUGAUGAAAACCCAACUUUUGGUAUGUCAGCCUUGAGGAAAUUUAAAGAGUUGGAUUUGAAGGGUAAAGUCACUGCUCAUGAGCAGGAAAGUGCACAUGAGAACGCCAUUGUUCAACUAAGGACUUUUGCCGAAUCGAACGGUCAAGUAACACAGGUAUCGUCAUGCGGUCUAGAUGGUAAAAUCGUCAUUUACUCCGUUUAA